UUAUCGUGUAAAAGAUGACGCUCGUGUUCGGCCGGAGGGAAAUGCGGUGCGCUCCUUCCGUUUCCGGUGCAGGGAGUUAGUAGAGAGGCGUGAUUCACACAGCAGGACAAACAACGGCGUCAAAAUGCAGGACCCAAACGCAGAUACAGAGUGGAAUGACAUCCUGCGGAAGAAGGGCAUUCUUCCCCCUAAAGAAACCCCAAAAGAUGAGGACAAGGAAGAAGAGGAGCAGCUCCGUCAACUGUCUGUUGUGAAGACCUAUGAGGACAUGACUCUAGGGGAACUUGAAGAGAAUGAAGAUGAGUUUAAUGAAGAGGAUGAGAUGGCCAUAGAGAUGUACAGACAGAAGAGACUUGCAGAGUGGAAAGCUAACCAGAUAAAGAACGCCUUUGGAGAAGUGAAUGAGAUCUCCGGUCAGGAUUAUAUAAAGGAGGUGAAUAAAGCUGGCGAGGGAAUCUGGGUGGUCCUGCAUCUCUACAAACAGGGAAUCCCUCUGUGCACACUGAUAAACCAGCAUCUGUCAGUACUGGCCCACAAGUUUCCUCAAACAAAGUUUCUUAAGUCUAUUUCAACCACCUGCAUUCCCAACUACCCCGACCGGAACCUGCCCACAGUGUUUGUGUAUAAUGAGGGAGAAAUGAAGGGCCAGUUCAUCGGCCCGCUUGUGUUUGGAGGAAUGAACCUUAAGUGUGAUGAGCUGGAGUGGCGUUUAUCAGAGACUGGUGCUAUCAAGACUGACCUGGAGGAAAAUCCCAGAAAACAGAUCCAGGAUCAGCUGAUGACGUCCAUUCGCUGCUCCGCACCCAAGCACAGUGAGGAAGACUCUGAUGAAGACUGAAGAUCUGAACACUGACAUCAUCAGCAGGACUGCUGUAGUUUGACACAGAACAGCUGUGACGGUGAAGUGAUGUGAGAGGACAGAAUGUCUAUCACGCCCACUGCUAUCACCGCUGCCUGUGAAUGCUGAACGCAACCUUGUUUCAACUGGGUAAAACUCUGUGCCAUAUUAAAGAGAUGAAUGCUCUCUUCCUGAUGGUAACUCUGGAUGAGGCCAGCGCCUCAAAACAUUUUAAACAAACCGUCAUUAAAUUGACUAUUUAUCAGAAAUGCCAAUCUUUUUAUAUAUGACUUAACAUGAUAUUAAUACAACCUUUUGUCACUUCAAUGCUUGUCACCAGUUAUUAUAUAAAGCAGAUUAAAUGAUAUGAAUAUCAAAUAUGA